AAUUGAUCCAAUCCUUCGGUCCAAAUCCACUCAUCUCCCCAUCCCCCAUCAAAACUGUCAACUUCUCUCUCUCUCUCUCUCCAGUUGGAUUCUCACUUUGCUUCCAGUUUCCUCAUAGUUCUUCCCGUGCUCUUCAAUUCUUGCAAGCCCAUAUAUAUAUAUACACAAAAGAUACAUCGGUAUAUGGAGUGUAUCGUGUAGAGGUGUAUAGAGAGGGGGGAGGAAGUGUGUGGUGUGGAUCUGGAUCUUCGAUUUAGCAAUCUUGUGAGUGGUGAGUGUUUAGUGGAGAAAGAUGGAGGUCGUGGGGAGAAGGCCUCACGUGAUUUGUGUGUCUGUGUGUUUGACGCUCCUCCUCUUCAUUAACGCGGCCGACUCCUUCUACCUUCCUGGCGUCGCUCCCCAAGAUUUCGUCAAGGGUGAUCUUCUGAAGGUGAAAGUGAACAAAUUGACCUCUGUAAAAACUCAACUUCCUUACUCCUACUAUUCCAUUCCUUACUGUAAACCGGAGAAAAUUGUGGACAGUGCUGAGAAUCUUGGGGAAGUUCUUCGUGGUGAUCGUAUUGAGAACUCUCCCUAUGUGUUUAAGAUGCGAGAAGCACAGAUGUGCAAUGUUGUUUGCCGUAUUACACUUAAUGCCAAAGAGGCAAAGGAAUUCAAAGAGAAGAUUGAUGAUGAGUAUCGAGUAAACAUGAUCUUGGAUAAUCUCCCUCUAGUUGUGCCUUUUAAAAGACCUGAUAUGGACACUUUGGUUUAUCAGCAUGGUUUCCAUGUUGGUUUGAAGGGGCAGUAUGCUGGAAGAACAGAGGAGAAGUAUUUUAUCCACAAUCACUUGACAUUUACUGUAAAGUAUCAUAAGGAUGAAAUGACUGAUGCUGCAAGAAUUGUGGGAUUUGAAGUCAGACCAUUCAGUGUUAAGCAUGAAUAUGAAGGUGAAUGGAAUGAUAAAACUCGAUUAACCACAUGUGAUCCUCAUGCAAAACGCACAGUAACUAGCUCUGAAUCUCCACAGGAGGUUGAAGACAAGAAGGAAAUCAUCUUCACAUAUGAUGUGGAAUUUCAGGAGAGUGAAGUCAAGUGGGCUUCUAGAUGGGAUACUUAUCUUUACAUGGCUGAUGAUCAAAUCCAUUGGUUCUCGAUUGUUAAUUCUCUGAUGAUUGUUCUUUUCCUCUCCGGAAUGGUUGCCAUGAUUAUGUUGCGGACUCUUUACCGUGACAUCUCCAAGUACAACCAGUUGGAGACUCAGGAAGAAGCUCAAGAAGAAACUGGGUGGAAAUUAGUUCAUGGGGAUGUUUUCAGGCCUCCAACAAACUCGGAUUUGCUCUGUGUUUAUGUUGGAACUGGUGUUCAAUUUUUUGGAAUGAUACUAAUUACAAUGAUCUUUGCAGCACUUGGGUUCCUAUCUCCUUCUAACCGUGGAGGGCUAAUGACAGCUAUGCUACUUCUGUGGGUGUUCAUGGGCAUUUUUGCCGGAUACGCCUCAGCUCGGCUGUACAAGAUGUUCAAAGGAACAGAAUGGAAGAAAAUUACGCUUAAAACAGCUUUUAUGUUCCCGGGAAUCCUCUUUGCUAUUUUCUUCGUCUUGAAUGCACUAAUUUGGGGUGAGAAAUCAUCGGGGGCUGUGCCGUUUGGUACCAUGAUUGUAUUAGUCCUCUUGUGGUUCGGAAUUUCAGUUCCACUUGUUUUUGUGGGUAGUUAUGUAGGUUUUAAGAAGCCCGCUAUUGAGGAUCCAGUGAAAACCAACAAAAUCCCAAGGCAAAUACCCGAGCAGGCAUGGUACAUGAACCCUUUCUUCUCUAUCUUAAUUGGAGGCAUACUACCAUUUGGUGCAGUAUUCAUCGAGCUGUUUUUCAUCCUGACAUCAAUCUGGCUACAUCAGUUCUACUACAUUUUCGGUUUCCUCUUCCUUGUAUUCAUCAUCUUGCUUGUGACCUGCGCCGAGAUUACCAUUGUGCUAUGCUAUUUCCAACUGUGCAGUGAGGACUACUUGUGGUGGUGGAGAUCAUACUUGACAUCUGGUUCAUCAGCUCUAUACCUCUUCCUUUACGCAGCAUUCUACUUCUUCACCAAGCUCAACAUCACAAAACCAGUGUCGGGUAUUUUGUACUUUGGGUAUAUGCUGAUUGGUUCAUAUGCUUUCUUUGUGCUGACUGGUACCAUUGGUUUCUAUGCUUGUUUCUGGUUUACACGGCUCAUCUACUCAUCCGUGAAGAUUGACUAAAUAGUGUUGCAAGCUGAAAGGAAAUGUUAUUCUAGAAGAGCAUAUGAUCCCCCUCAAAGUUGGAUCCUAGCGUAUCCUGACAUCUUUGCUUUCUUCUGUCAUAGUCGGGUAAGCUACAAAUUCCUUGGUGAUACAUAUACUAGUUUGUCUUUGACAACGUUUUCAUACUUGCCUCUUCAGUCUUUGUAAUAUUAUUCUCACUUUUCCUUGCUCAUAAGCAUUUAUUAAGACAUUUUUGGGAGGAUUUGGAGCGGUUCCUGUCCUCACCAGGCUUGUUUUUGUUGUAAUAGCGAGCGUCCUUGUAGAACUUCAGCGGUAAAUCACAUGUAACCUUUAGUACGUUAACGAUUCUGAGUCACUUGCAAGAUACAUGCUAGAUUGCACUUUAA